GCCUGAAUGCGCCACUUGGAGGCUGAAAGAUACAUUCGCCCUUAUCCCAGCAACAGAAGUUCGAUGGCAGAGACAACGGAAACCGGUGAGCUGAGACUCACUAUCGUUACAAUGCCUUGCUUCCUUUAAGAUACUUCUGGAUAAAUAUUCUUGCAUUUGCCAUAGGAAUACAGAAGAUCAAUCGCCAGUGAAUUUCUGGUUGAAGAUGCUAACCGAUAUGAUUGUGGAGGAAGAAUUUGAAAUCAAAGAUGAAGAACCGUGGUACGACCAGCAGGAUCUGGAGCAUGACCUCCAUCUGGCAGCUGAGCUGGGCAAGACCCUGCUGGACCGUAACCGAGAGCUGGAACAGGGCCUGAAGCAGAUGUACUCAACCAAUCAGGAACAGCUGCAAGAGAUAGAGUACCUAACCAAGCAGGUGGACCUCCUGCGGCAGAUGAACGAGCAGCAUGCCAAGGUGUACGAGCAGCUGGACACAACAGCGCGUGACCUGGAGCAAGGCAACCACAGGCUGGUCCUGGACAACCGCUCAGCCCAGCACAAGAUCCAGGGACUGACGGAGAUGAUCGAGAGCCUGCAGGCUCAUGUGGAGGAGCUGCAGCAGCAGGUGGAGGAGAUGAAGACGGCACAGUCAGGCCGCUCCAGCAGAGACCUGGCCGAGCAGCGGCGGGCUCUGGGAGCUCAGAGCAUGUCCUGUCUCAAGGAGCUGUACAGCAGGCACAAGUAUUUGUCGUAUGACCCCGCCCCUUUAGAUGUUGACAUGUCCGCGGGGGAGAAGGUGAGGGCAGAGGAGGAGAACCUGUCUCUCCAUCGCUCAGUGCAGUCCCUGCAGACCCAGCUGGGGACAGAGCGUGCCAGGCGCAGGGAGGCGGAGCAGGAGGCGGAGCUGAUGGCCCGUGAGAACGGCGAGCUGGAGCAGCGGCUGGAGCAGCUGGAGGGUUGCCAGGCUCGCCUGCAGGAGCUGGAGGGGGAGGUGGAGGAGCUGCGGCAGCUGUGGCGUGCCGACGCGGCCGGCGCCAGGCGGGCGGAGGGGCUGCUGCCCGACGCCAUCUUCUUCCCCCCGGAGGAGCCAGCGGAUGGGGACGGGGAGCGGGAUCCCGAGGACAAGCCGGAGCAGGGCAGGCGCGCGCUGAAGCGCUGCAGCAGCGAGACGGCGCUCCGGAGCCCCGGCGCCGAGGAGAUGCGCCGCGGGCACGAGCGCACCUGCGCCCGCCGCGCCGAGGCCGUCAAGCAGCGCGGCAUCUCCCUGCUCAACGAGGUGGACGCCCAGUACAGCGCCCUGCAGGUGAAGUACGAGGAGCUGCUGCGUCGCUGCCAACAGGGCACCGAGCAGCACAGCCACAAGGCGGUGCAGACGCCCGCCGCCCAGCGCUGCUGCCCCGGCUCCGCCCCCUCACCCAAGGCCCAGGGCCCGGAGGACGACGCCCAGCAGCCCGAGUACAAGGCCCUCUUCCAGGAGAUAUUCUCCUGCAUCCAGAAGACCAAAGAGGGCCUGAGUGAAAGCAGGGCCAAGCUUACUCCAGCCCAGUGAGGCUCCCACAAUGCUCAGGGAACUUGCCUGCUUCUGCCUCAGUUUGUCCAGGGUUGGUGAAGGCAUCUAAAAGGCUUUGUGCCUGUCCAAUGUGAACAGGCUGUGGAGUCGCCUCAAGCUAGCGAAACCCCAAAGAGCCACCGUCCAGGCGACUGCACCUCAACACCUGUUCCUAAAUCACGAUGCUUCCCUAACCAUCAAACAGGGAGUCUUCACAAAGCCACACCAGCUCAGUGGAUGAACAAUCAAAACUUUUGCCAUUGUAUUUUUCAGCAGGCUUGCAACUCUUCAAUAAAGCUGAACAAAAUUGUUACAAUGUCAGAUAGAUAAUUAGAACAGAUUGCUCGAUGUAUGUUUAUUUAUUUUAUUUUUUUUAUUACACCCAACUUUCAAUGCAGAAUAAUUGGAUCCUACUUUAAAAAAGCAGAUAGGAAUUUUUGGUUCUUUGUCUGAUACAGCAUGUAAUAGUGUUAGCAUUACUGUCCAUUUAAAAUGAAUAUAUUGUAGCGUUAUUCUAUUCAUAAUUCUGUGUUCAUGUAACUUCAUGAAAGCAAUGUUUUCAUAUCAGGAACUCAGACUUAUGUUGACCUCUUUGGCUUUGGCCGUCUAAAAAAACUUAUGCAAAAAGUAUUUUAUCAUUUCUUCUUUAGAUAUUGAGUGUGUGUACACUGUAGAGAUAAGCAAAUUAGAACAAUGUGUGAACUAUGGAACGGAAUUGGAUUAUAUUGCCAUGAAGCACAUUGAUACUUACCAGUAUUGAGGCUUUCAAAGUCCACAUCCAGCAGCGACACAGACGGCUGAAUUCAGACUACUACUCAUAGUCUGAAUUCCCAUCUCGGUAAAGCCAUGUUGUAUUGUGCUUUAGGGUGAUACUGGAUUGAAUUUCCCCUUUCCCCUCCUCCUUUAGACACUUUAGAUAUAGGACAGUGCUGUCCUAAUUCACUGUAUUCCACCCUGAAAUAAUGUGAUUGUUUAUGGAACAAGUGCUAUUUUCAGUUUAGCUGUGUUCAAGUGUGACUGGAACUCUUAUCUUUAGGUGCUCCUGGAAUUGCUUUUGAAAAUAGAACAUAUUGGAUGUGUAAAUGCAGUUCAUAAAUGAGUGAUUUGGGGGAAAGUAACAGAAAAAUGUGCAGUAAAACAUUAAGGGAUAACAUUUGUUUUUUGGAAACCUGAAAGAACACCUUAAAGGCAGUAAAUUAGCUUGAAGCCCUGGUAGCCUGAUUGCAGCAUCAUUAUUGUUCAGUGUAAAUGAAAUGAAUGAUUAGCUGCAACAGGUAAUAAAGCAACCGCUUACAGCACUUACUAUCUGAGGUCAUGUCAUCAUACUAUCUGAGGUUUUAUAUUUGGCCUGAUAUGGAUCAGUACUGAUCUCUAAUCAAUAAUCCUUUUUAUAGCAUGCUGCACCUACUUUAAAGUCUUUAUCACAGUGAACGUACCAGAAACAUGACCUCCAGACGAGGAAUUGCAUCAGUAAAAUGGCUGAUGUGGUUCAUUCUGAAUAAUCCCCUCAACUUUUACCUGGUUAAAUAAAGGAUAUAUAUAUAUAUAUAUAUAUAUAUAUAUAUAUAUAUAUAAUUGACAGCUGUUGGUUUUGAGGGAACAGAGUAGUGGUUGAUAGGACACUGCUCACAGGAAUGACUGAUCUCUCUUCAUCACCAUUGCCUUGCCUCGCAUUAAUGCUGAGGAAAAAAAUAGUGAGGAAAAGAUAAGGGCAGGGGUAUCAAUUGUUUUAUAAUUUGCAUAAUUUCUUUUUUAUAGGGGCUUUUGUUUCCUUUGAGGGUUAUUUGCGUUGUGUUUAUGCAGCUUCUCAUGAAUGCACUGUGCUGUUCAAUGAUUGUGGAUAAAAUCCUUGUCAAGAGGCCACCCCAAGGGCAAAAGGGGCUCAACUUGGAAGUAGCUUCAGAAACUCAAAUCACCUGCCUACGUACAUUAACAAAAUGGCAAUGAUGGCUCCGCCUCGGGUGAACCUGGCGUGAUGGUUUAGUGUAAACAGGGAGUCUCACACGAGACUCAUCCAAACUCCACCCAAAUGCUAAUCCCAAAUGGUGUGAGAAUGGGUGUGGUGGUUUAGCACACUCUACAACUUUGGCAAACAAAUUACUAUCAAACUGGUUUUAGUGGGGGUUCUAAAUACAGUCUUGCAUGCUUGAAAGGUGUGAGUAUUAACCAGCAUUAAAGGGACUUAAUGUUUAGGCAGGGACACGGGUAAACUGAGUGAACGUGCAUGCACAAUGCAGAUAAGUUUUUUCUGGCCUGAGCUGCAUCCAAAUAUGGCAUUAGUCUUAAAUAUGUAGAGGAUACGUGCCACUCAGGUACUGUCUACAGAUCUCCUCACUGGCCUGUGUUCCCACAUUAAGGAAAGGAUUCUGCUUUCUCACAAGGACAUAACAGCUCACCAUAAAAUAAACUAUACACACUGCUGAACUGUUUAAAUGUGUCAAUUACAAAUGUACAUAAAUAUGAAUAACUUGGUUAAACAGUUUUAAAUAAUUUCAGUGUGUUCUGUUAAGGAGUUCAACUUCACAAAACACAAAAAUGUUUAAUGUUAUUCUGCUGACGCUAUGUUCUACUGUGAACCUAGUCAGAUAACCAAUAAAUUCACCUGUCAAACUGA